AUGGCUAAAAGCUUAUGGAGUAAGUGGAAAAGGAAGAUGCAUGCUGAAAAGAGAAAAAAGAAUGCAAUAAAAGAGCUCAGCAGACUUAAAAGUAUACUUAAAGUAGAUAGUGAUGUUUUUAUGAAAGAAGUUCAAGAGAUAGCAACUGAGUUGGUACCUAAACAUUACCAAGAGAAAACGCAAUGUGCAUUGGAAGAUGAAAAAGAUGACAUGAAAAUGGAAGCUGUUAUUAAGAGAAACAAAAAGAGUCUUCUAGACCAGUAUGGACAGUACCCAGUAUGUAUGAACCAGAGGCAAAGAAAAAGACUGAAGGCAAAGCGAGUGAAAGGGAAGGGGAAAAGCAAAGCAAAAGCAGGGAAGUCAGCAAAGGGUUUGGCCUGGUAG